GUCUUAAUAUGGCUGCCGUUAAUUUACACUUAACAUGAGGUAAAAAUAUGUAAUGUAAGAACCACCAGUCCGGUGAUUUCAAACGAGAAAUUUGGAAUUUGAAUUCACGAAGAGUUAUGAAAGAUUGCGACAGAUUAUUCAUCCAGUUUGACCUUCCUGGAAUCGCCAUAUAGAAAAUAUGGCCAUAUGUCUUCUACCAAACCCUCCCCCUAUCAUGGUAUAUUUCUAAUAGCCAAUGAUGAAUGACUUGGCUCCCAGGUUUUUGUAUAAAGACAGGUGAAAAAUUAGUGUGACCAUUAACUGGAAAGAAACAUGAAUGCUGAACCAGGAAAGAAGCCAAAAAAGUCAAAUAAGAGACUUUCAGUUGAAAGGAUCUACCAGAAAAAAACACAGUUGGAACACAUACUGCUUCGUCCUGAUGCCUACAUUGGCUCAGUUGAACCAACUCGGCAGCACAUGUGGGUUUGGGAUGAUGAAAAGAAAUGCAUGGUUAAUCGUGAGAUUAGUUUUGUUCCUGGAUUGUACAAGAUCUUUGAUGAGAUACUUGUUAAUGCUGCUGACAACAAACAAAGGGAUCCAAAAAUGAAUUACAUAAAAAUCAAUAUUGACCCUGAAAAUAAUAUGAUAUCAGUUCAAAACAAUGGUAGAGGAAUACCUAUUGAGAUGCACAGAGAUGAGAAGAUGUAUGUUCCAAGCAUGAUCUUUGGUCAUCUGCUAACGUCAAGUAACUAUGAUGACAGCCAGAAAAAGGUGACUGGUGGUAGAAAUGGAUAUGGUGCUAAACUGUGCAAUAUCUACAGUACUGAGUUCACUGUGGAAACCGUCUGUGACAGUAAACAUUUCAAACAGACAUGGAAAAAGAAUAUGACGAAAACAGCGGACCCUAAGAUCAAGGAGACUGAGCGUAACGACUACACGUCUAUUGCGUACCAUCCCGAUCUGGCGAAGUUCAAAAUGGAAAAAUUGGACAAGGACACUGUGGCGUUGAUGACGAAACGGGCGUACGAUGUGGCUGGAUGUGUCCGGGGCGUUAACGUGUACCUCAAUGGCAAGAAACUUCCCAUAUCGUCCUUCAGAGAUUACAUGGAGCUGUAUCUGAAAGAUGGUGAUAACGACUCGGAAGACGAGAGUGAUGGUAAAAGGAAAAUCGUGCAUGAAAAAGUCAACUCACGUUGGGAGGUCGCGGUUACCGUCAGCAACAAGGGCUUCCAACAAGCAAGUUUUGUCAACAGCAUUGCAACUACUAAGGGUGGCACGCAUGUGAACUAUGUCGCUGACCAGGUUAUUGAAAAACUAAUGGGAGUCAUCAAGAAAAAAGCCGGCAAAGGAAGCGUUGCCGUCAAGAACUUUCAGGUCAAGAAUCACCUGUGGAUAUUUAUCAAUUGCUUGGUUGAGAACCCGGCAUUUGAUUCCCAAACGAAGGAAAACAUGACACUUCGUGCGAAAGAUUUCGGAUCGCAGUGUGUCUUGGGGGACAAGUUUGUUAAAGAGGUGACGCAAUGCGGUGUUGUGGAAAACAUUCUUGACUGGGUUAAAGUGAAAACUCAGACUCAGUUAAAGAAGAACAGUGGUGGCAAGCAUUCGAAGUUAAAAGGAAUCCCAAAGCUGGAUGAUGCUAAUGAUGCUGGCGGAAAGAACUCGAGAGAAUGUACCCUAAUCUUAACUGAAGGAGACUCAGCCAAAACGUUGGCUGUAAGUGGUCUGAGCGUCGUCGGUCGUGAUCGCUAUGGCGUAUUCCCGCUUCGCGGUAAACUGCUCAAUGUCAGAGAAGCCACGCAUAAACAGGUUGUGGAAAAUGCUGAAAUCAACAACAUUGUGAAAAUAAUGGGCUUGACGUAUGGCAAGAAAUACCGUACUGUCGAAGACAUGAAGAGCUUACGUUAUGGUCGCCUUAUGAUCAUGACUGAUCAGGAUCAGGAUGGUUCUCAUAUCAAGGGAUUGCUGAUUAACUUCAUACAUCAUAACUGGCCAGAGCUCUUGCAAUUGCCUUUCCUUGAGGAAUUCAUCACUCCCAUUGUCAAAGCAUCGAAAGGCAAGGAAGAGAUCCCGUUUUACAGUAUCCCGGAAUUUGACGAAUGGAAAGAGAGGACCCCAAAUGCAAAAUCGUGGAAGAUCAAAUACUACAAAGGUUUGGGUACGAGUACGCCUAAAGAGGCGAAGGAAUAUUUCGCCGAUAUGAACAGACAUCGUAUCCUCUUUGAUUACUCUGGUAUCGCAGAUGAUGAGGCUAUCACUCUAGCCUUCAGUAAGAAGAAAGUGGCUGACCGUAAGACAUGGUUGUCCUACCAACUGGAAGAAAGAAAGACGCGAAAAGAAGCCGGAUUACCCGAGGUGUAUCUCUAUGGACCAGGCACCAAGCGGAUCACCUACACAGAUUUUGUCAAUAAAGAGCUAAUUCUGUUUUCCAACGCUGAUAAUGAAAGAUCGAUUCCUUCUAUUGUUGAUGGAUUGAAACCAGGACAAAGGAAGGUCUUGUUCACAUGCUUCAAGCGUAAUGAUAAACGAGAAGUGAAAGUUGCGCAGCUGGCUGGAUCUGUAGCUGAACUCUCUGCAUAUCAUCAUGGAGAGCAAAGUCUUGCAAUGACCAUCGUGAACUUGGCUCAAAACUUCGUUGGCAGCAACAACCUGAAUCUUCUGAUGCCCAUCGGUCAAUUCGGUACGCGUAUCCACGGCGGUAAAGACAGCGCGAGCACUCGAUACAUCUUCACCAAGCUCAGCCCUUUGGCUCGCCUCGUGUUUCCACAAUACGAUGACAACGUCCUAAAUUUUCUUGUGGAAGAUAACCAGAUGAUUGAACCUGAGUGGUAUUGUCCCAUCAUUCCAAUGGCUCUCGUGAAUGGUGCUGAUGGUAUAGGCACUGGUUAUAGUACCAAGAUUCCCAACUUUGAUAUACGAGAAUUGGCGCAGUAUAUUAAGGAUAUGUUAAAUGAUCGCACACCGUCAACUCUGCAUCCAUGUUACAAGAACUUCACUGGCGAGAUUAACCAGACUGGGCAUCAAAAAUACGAAGUGCUUGGGCGAGCGGAAGUUCUUGACGAGAAAUCGGUGGACAUCACUGAACUUCCGGUCGGAACAUGGACCCAGAACUACAAAGAAGCCACAUUGGAAGUAAUGUUGCACGGGACAGUCAAAUACAAAGGUUGUAUCACUGACUACAAGGAGUACCACACAGACACAACAGUUCACUUCAAAGUGACGAUGGCCGAAGAAGAUCUAACUGCUAUAGAAAAUCAAGGCUUGAAGAAGAAGUUCAAUUUGACAUCCUCCAUUAAUCUCAGCAACAUGGUGUUGUUUGAUGCAUAUGGUGCCUUGAAGAAGUUCGAGAGUGUGGAUGAGAUCAUCCGCGAAUAUUAUCGUAUCCGCUUCAACAUUUAUGUAAAACGCAAGGAAUUCCUCGAGGGCAUGUUGGCCGCCGAAGCCGAGAAAUUGACAGCCCAAGCGAGAUUUAUCCUGGAAAAAAUUGAUGGCACCAUCAUUAUAGAAAACAAGAAGAAACGUGAUGUCGUUACGAAACUGGUCGAACGUGGUUAUCCAUCGGACCCAGUGAAGAUCUGGAAAGACAGCCAGAAACGCGCGAACGUAGUCGUCGAGGAAACAGACGAUGAUGAUUCUCGUAGCGAGACUGGCUCCGUCAGCUCCACAUCAAGUUCCCCCGGCUCUGGACCUGACUACGCGUAUCUACUAAGCAUGGCCAUCCUCAGUCUUUCUAAGGAAAAGAAAGAUGAAUUGUUGAAACAACGAGACGAUAAACGAUCUGAAUUGGCAACAUUGCGUAGCAAAACGCCAAAAGAUCUGUGGCUUGAAGACCUAGAUCGUUUCCUUGAAGGACUCGAGGCUGUCGAAGCACAGGAACGAGAAGAUGCCCUAGCCGGGUCGAAGGUAGUUUCCAGGAACAAAUCGGGGAGGUCAUCGAAAGUUUCCAAACCUCGUAAACCUGCAGCAGCCAAGCCGAAGAACUCGAUUGAGAAGGCUUUUGCCAAGCAAGCAGCGAACGUAAAAACAAGCGAGAAGGAGAUUGCUCGCGAAGAGAAGGCGAAGGAUGACUGGGGCUUCAGCGAUGAGAGCGAGAAUCAAGAUAUGUUGUCCCUAACUGAAAGACUGGCUUUAAAGAAAUUCGAAGACACCUCAGAUGCAGCGUCGUCAGUGAACGGAAAACAAACUGGUAAGAAGCCUGCAACGUCCGGAAUCUCCGGUACCAAGGCGAAGAAAUCCAAGGUACGGGAAAUGUCGGAUUCCGAAUCUUCUGUUGCCUCCAAUGUGGCGAAAAACAAAGUAAAGAAACUCAAGUCACCAGCAAAACGGAAGGCUGCAGCUAAGAAAGAAAUCAUAGAUAUCGACUCUGACUCGUCUGUGGGUAGUGUUGCCUCGAAAACCUCCAAACCGCCCGCAAAGAAGGCCAGAACGUCGGGCAAAACCAAGGCAUCUGCCGCCCCAAAACGACCUCGUGACAUCCUAGCCAGCAGUGACGAAGACAGCGAUGUUGAAAUGAUUUCAGAGACUGAACCUGUUUCUCCCGUGAAAAGACCAGCGCGUCGUCAAAAACCAGCUGUGAAAUAUACCUUUGGUGAGGAUGAGGAGGAUGGUGAUAACCAGAGUAGAGAUGCUUCCAGUGCCGAGGAAGACUGGAUGGAUAGCGACGACAAUGAUGACGACAGCGAUUUUGACUUAUAAAUAAGCAAUAGUUUGUAGCUUUUAGGUUUGGGAAAGAGUUAAAAUUCUUUUAGUUCUUAAUGGCGCAUUACUUUCCAGGAUUUGACAAAGUAGGGUCACUAUGGUGCAAUCUUUCUACAAGACUUUUAGAAGUUUUGGUUUCAAAAAAUAUCGUUUUAUAGUCAAAUUUCCCGAACAUUGCAAUCAGUAUUGUUCUGGAACAAACUUGCAUACGAAGCAUGUUCUUUUGUGGCUCUUACUUGAAAAUUAGGCGUUGGUUCUUCAAAUAUGAUUUUGAUCAAAAAGCAAAUGCGAUUUUGUGUUUCAUCUAGCAAUUUCACGCAUUUUCACCGUUCUGACUAGUCUUGUAUGACUUAUCUAAAAGCGGUCUCAAAGCCAAAGGACGCUUUUUUAACGUUAUGUUGUUAUUACAUUAACGUAAAUGUUACUAUGCAAGUUUUAGUUUAGUUCCAUUUUUCUUAUACGGUUUUUCUUUCGUUUAGAGCCAUUUUCUUAUAUGCAAGUUUAGUUCCAUAUUUCUUUCCGUUUUUCUUAUAUUUUAAUUAGUCCUUUUGUAAAAUAUCCCGAUUUAUUUUGUAAGCUUUGUACAUACAAAAUAAGGAGACAUCGUUUUUUUAGUUGCA